AUGUCGGGGAAUGGGAAACCCCAUGAGAAGGCGGACCCAGCCGUGGUCCAUACGCUCCGCCAAAUCCUCGAGCCGACGAGGACCGAGGCGGAGCAUGCCUUUGAGCUGCUUGAGGACGAGGACACCACUUGGUUCGGCUUCGGCCGCGACUCGUCGGGCCAGUCCAUGUUCUACGACUAUGGCCGGUUCGCUGCCAUUAUGAGCGAGAUCGUGGCCAGCGGGUCGCCGGACAUUUAUCCACAACUUGUGUCUGUGAUCGGAGAGACCGGUGCCGGAAAGAGCACACUCAUCAAGAUGCUCAUAGACCGUCAGGCCUCGGGAUCCGCAGAAGGGUCCAGGUACUAUUCCCCAGUGACAUCGUCGAACCAGGACCGCACCGCUACCACUGGCGACGUGCACAUCUACGCAGACCCAUCAAGUGCCUAUAGCACAAACCCGCUCCUCUUCGUGGACUGUGAGGGCCUCAACGGCGGCGAGGCCAUGCCGAAGCAACUGCGACACCAUCACAACCAGGACCCACGGCAAGCUGCUGGCCGCCCGUCGCCCUCGGCAGCCCCUCCACCAUACGAGCCAACGGCGACGGGUGAGGGCAGUGACAGAAGGAGAUACGUGCGGCCCCGGCACAGCUCAAAGAGGACCAUCGCAUGGGCCAAGACGCCCCAGACACGCAAGAGGGAGUUCGUCUCCCAGCUGUACCCGCGCGUGCUAUACACCUUCUCAGACGUGGUCGUCUUCGUGCUCCGCAACCCGCGCGCCUUCGAGUCGACGGUCCUAGAAAAGCUCAUCCACUGGGGCGCGCGGAGCAUCGACGCGUCGCUGAACCAGCCCGCGCUCCCGCACGCGGUUAUCGUGCUGAACGCGACCGAGGGCGGCGUCGACGAGGGCGAGUGGGACGUCGGCGCCGCGACGGAGACGCUGCUGUCCGACAUCCACGGCGCCGUGCACCGCGAGCCGGCGCUGCAGGAGUACGUGCGGGCGUGGGCGCGGCGGGGGCGCAAGAUCGCCAACACGUCGGAGCUGCUGGCGUGCUACUACGCCUCCGUGAGCGUGGUGCGCGUCCCGCACAAGGGCGGCUCGUACAUGCUCAUGGACGGGCAGGUGGGAAAGCUGAUGGAGCUCGUGCGCGGCCGGUGCGCUGAGUCGCAUGCUGCCAAGCGGCGGCUGCGCAUGCUGGCCACGGCGGAGAAGCUGCAGGUGUACCUGCAGGCCGCGUACGAUCACUUCACCAAGAGCCUUGACGCGCCGUUCGACUUUGUGCGCGAGGCGCUGCGGAAGUUCCCCAUCGCCCGGAACUUCCAGGGCAAUGUGUUGAGCUUGGCGCUUGCGAUCAGGGAUAACUCGACCCAGGAUUCCCUCAAGGAGGAUGCGAAGCGGAUAUUUCUGGCCAUGGCGCCGAUGAUAGCUUCGUGUAUUAUGCUCGACGCCGUCCGGCAGAACCUGCUCGGGACGGCAACGAGGCUGCUGGACGACAAGUACGCCAAGCCUUGUGCGGCAGCCCUGCAGACCUUUGCAGAUAUGUAUUGGCCUUGCAGUUUCUCGAACCCAGCCUUUGGCGAGGCGGGCAGAUGCUGCAAUGUAAGAUCCGGCCACAACCCCAAAGGUCACCAAAACGCCCAAGGAAAGGUCAUCGCAAACGGGAGCUACCAAUCCACCCUCGACCCGGAGACCUUCCAGCCGGAAUGGACAUCCCUCAUCCGCCGCAGCCUCGAGGCCACCGAGGCGGCCAUGUCGAAGCUGGGCCAGGCCCUACCCGCCAGGACGGAGCUGUCGACGGCGGCGCUGCUGCACCGCGAGCGCCUCAACGACUUCUACUCUGUGCUGGGCGGCGCGACCGCCCUCGUCAGCCACUCCGCCUGCCUGUCGUGCCUGCGCGAGCUGCCCGAGUGCGCGCUGCCGUGCGGUCACGUCCUUUGCCUGCCCUGCAUGGAGCUGUACGGCACGCGCACGUCGCGGACGUGCAUCGAGAUCAGCCGGUGCCCGCUGCACGUCGGGGACGUCAUUGCUGAGCCGCCUUGGAUGGUGGCCGUCAAGCCGGCGCGGGCGGGGGUCAGGGUCUUGUGUCUUGACGGUGGUGGUAUCAGGGGGAUCACGCAGUUGCGUGUGCUGAGGGAGGUUGAGAGGGUGCUUGGGCCGGGUUUGCCGAUUCAAUUGUUCUUUGACCUUAUGGUUGGGACCAACACCGGCGGGAUCAUUGCGAUCGGCCUGGGGGUGAAACGAUGGACCGUCGAGGCAACUAUGGAGAAGUUCCGAGAUAUCUGCAGGGAGGCUUUCACUCCGCGGGAGAUGCAGAAGGUGCCCCUCAUCAGCACGUUAUCCAAGAUGUACCACGGGAGUGUAUUCAAGACCCAGCCGCUGGAAAGGAUUCUGAAGAGAUAUUUCUCGGAAACGCCCUUCUUUGGUGGUUCGCGGUCUCGGCACAACCUGAACACAUCGGUCAAGGUGGCUGUCACGGCGACGACUGCGUUCGAGUCAAUUGUGUUUGCGAACUACAACCGGCCGGACCCGGCGGGAAAGGCCGCCCCAUACCAGUUCAUCCGGUCAGAUGCGCCAUCGAAGGAGUUGAAAGUCUGGGAAGUGGCCCGCGCAAUAUCAGCAGCGUCACCCUUCUUCAAGCCAUUUGUGGCACAGGAGACAAACAGGGAGUCCAUCGCGAGUACAGAUGUGUCGUCCAUCACAGGGCCCCGCCGGGCGAACUUGAGCAAGAGCGCCACCAUGCCUGUCGCCAGCGGACAGAUCCUCCGGUCAGGUCGGGGCGGCGUGGGGAAUUACAAGCGUGUCGACAGCGCACCGAUCAGUGCAUCUGACAACGCCAGCCUCACGCAGACGGGCAUCUUUGUACGCGACCCCAAGACACCGCUGUUGCUCUCUUUUGCACCAAGACAACCCACACAUGGGAAGACGCAGGGGCAGGGGCAAGAACCAGCACCAAGCAGAGGUGACGGGUUGUACGACCACAGGAAGUGUGACCAGGCGUGGGAUGAGUUCGUGGCCGGGCGGAAGGAGGGCCAUGAUAGCCAGUACAGCCGUAUCAGCCCCGAGCUACUGGCCUCGCAGAUACCCAGGUUCGAGGAUGCGCAGAGGAUGGAGGAGCUGGAGCGGGAUGUCGAGCGGGCGCUUCAGCAGGAGGAGAUGCUUGGCAGCAUAACGCUCGUCGCGCAUCGAUUGGUGGCAAGCACGUUCUUCUUUGAGACGGAGACUGGUUCGGUGAGGCAGAGCGCGUCGGGAUACGCAUGUACAGGUUCUAUAUUCUGCCGCUUCCGUCAGUCCUCUACAGAGCUCAUGGCACUCGGCUCAUUCCUGCGAUCGUGCUGCACGGGUGACUUCAGACCUUACUUCCUGAUCGAGGACGACAUCGACAGCGGCACGAGGCAGAGGCGACAGAUCAUCCUGUCGGAGGCUUUCAUCGCGGACAUGGAGACGGCGGGGUGUUUUGAUAUCGAGCCGCUGACCAUCAUCACGGCAGCCGACAAGCAGGACACACCGACAAGGAUCUCGCUCUCGUUGCAGAUGGCGCCCUACUCGUCCGGAACGUCAACUACGGCCACGGCACUCCCCAUCUCAGGCUUUCCAAGGAGGCUAGUCAGCGAGGAAAGUGGGAGCAAGGGGGCCAAGGCGGAGAUUACAGCACCAAGUACUAGUGUAGGCCGGUCGUCUGUUCUGGUGGGCGAACAACGAGGCGGAGGUGGAGCGUCGACCGAGACGGUGUCAGCAAUGUCGACGUCCCCGAGCCCUCUGUCUGCAGACAGCGUCAGCCCGGUGACAACGUACACCCUCGCCUCACGGAGCUCCACGGGCAGCACGUCGUUCAGUGGUGCCGGGUUCGAGAAGCCUCGGAGACAUGGCCAGGGUUUGAUUGCAGAGCUGCCUGACCACGGCAGCCAGGCGGCUGAGUUGCCCUCGAAUUGA